AUGGAGACACAAAUCACGCAGGAGGAAACGGAAGAACAGAACGUCCUGAGUGAACUGAACAACGAAGAAGACCAACUAGAGAAGGAAGGAGAAGAAGAAAAAAAAAAAAAAAAAACUGUACGAACUGAACGAACUACAUCACUUGUCUACAUAAAAAUAAAAAAUUCAGUCAUGCCAAAUGAGCUAAAACGUUGUGAACAGCAUAUCAACAUGGAGAAGCUAAACUUAAACAGUUACAACAUCGAAAGGGAACAGUUGGACGAAGAAAAAAAUUUAAACGAAUGGGCCAACACAUUGAAAAAACAUCAAAUCGUAUUGGAAAAUUUACAUAACGCGCUUAUCAAUGUGGAGUUAAUGAAUAAAUACAAAGAGGUGAUGUGGAGUGAGCACAUGAAAAUAUUCACGCACAUUGAUAUUAAUCUACAGAAUAGCAUAAAGCUGCUAAAGGAUCAGAUCGAUAACAUAAACAAGCAGAGGAAACUGCACCAGCUCAGUUACGUGAAUGACUUGUCCGCAUUGCAAAAUGAGAGGAGCGAGUACAAGCGUAAGAACGAUAUUGUUCUGGAGGAGAUUAAGAAGCUUCUCUCAGAGAACCUGCGCCUUCGUUAUCGGCGGAAUGUUGCAUGA